GAGGGGCUGUGAAGAGGGGAUAAAGUCGGCGAUGAUGUUAAGACCUCGCUGAGGGGGCACGGCGAGUUUAAAGCACCAGCAAAGCGGGACAGGUACAGUUGGGAAAGUUUGUUUCUCUCGACUGGAGGGAGGAAAAUGCCGACCGAGGAAGAACGGGAAAAGUUGGCCAACGUCAUCAGGCGCUGGAACAACAACAGACUGGACUUGUUUGAAAUAAGCGAACCGGACACGAAUCUGCUGUUUCAAGGUGUGAUGCGCUUCUACUUCGAAGAUCGCGCCGGGGGAAACGUCGCUACCAAGUGCCUGCGAUUUUGCAGCGACGCUUCAACCACCGAGGUGGUCGAAACUCUGGCCGAGAAAUUCCGUCCCGAUAUGAAAAUGCUCAGCACUCGUCAUUCCUUAUACGAGAUCCACGGCGAUAAGGAACGUCAACUGGAUCCGGACGAGAGACCGUUGGUGGUUCAGUUAAACUGGAACUCGGACGACGGAGAAGGACGGUUCGUGCUUAAGCAAAGCAAGGAGACGCCCGGGGAGAGCGGUCACAACAAGGAAAAGGGGGGCGUGAUCCAGACCUUCAAGAGGACCCUGUCGAGGAAAGACAAGAAGAACAGAAACAAAGUGGCUGACGAGCCUGCAGGGGACAAGAACAGGGAGAGUGAAACCCCAGCAAAUGGCAACCCAGAAACACCGGAACGGUACACGGGAGCGAAAAGGCAAGGAGAGUGGCCGGCGGACACAAACCCUCCUCAGCCGGACUUGUUCAAUCAUCUUGGUUUACCGCUUGGAAUUCAACUCUGCGAUCACUCCGAGGACGCCUUCCUGACGGCAGUCGUAAAUUACGCCAACAGCUCCACGAUUCACUUCAAGCUCUCGCCAGCGUAUGCCCUCUACGCCGCGGCCCGCUUUGCGCUACGACGUCCGGACGCGGCGACUGGCGGCGUAACCUCUAUCGCAGACAAAAUGGUGGCUGUGACGAGCAAGGUCAUCCAGAGGCAGCAGGAUAUCGCCGGAGCUCUCGCCUUCUGGAUGGCUAACGCUUCAGAGCUGCUCAACUUCUUCAAACACGACAAGGACCUCAGCGGGCUCACGCGACAAAGUCAGUUGGAUCUGUCGCACCUUGUGCACAAAGCUUACAGUCACCUGAUUCAGCGCAUACAGAUUGAGCUCAGCAAGAAUCUGCCUACCUUUUUGAUCGAUCCCGAGCAACAUGGUCCUCUUCCUGCUGGAAUAGAGAUGGUGCUGAACACCUUGAUGAACAGCAUGUCACUGUUGCGCCGCUACCAGGUCAACCCGGCCCUCGCCAUCCAGCUCUUUUCCCAGCUUUUCCACUUCAUCAGCACCUGGCUAUUCAACCGUCUCAUUAAACCCGACGCCAGCACCCCGGGCCUGCGUUCCCAUUAUUGGGGGGCGGCUCUCCGCCAGAGGUUGACCGGCAUAGAGGCCUGGGCGGAGAGGCAGGGCCUGGAGCUGGCGGCCGACUGCCAUCUGGGACGCGUCAUCCAGGCAACGACGCUCCUGACUAUGAAUAAAUACACCACAGAAGACGUGGACGAGAUCCAGAACACCUGUUUCAAGCUGAAUUCGCUACAGCUGCAGGCUUUGCUAAGCGGAUACUUUUACGCCCCCAAUGAGCCUCACAUCCCAGCGGAUUUGAUCGCUGCUGCGGUCAAGAACGCAGAGGCAUCGGCGGACAACCUGAUUCGACAGGAAGGCCGAGACGUACAGCUGGAGGAGAACCUAGACCUCCCACUGCCCUUCCUGCUGCCAGAUGGCAACUACUCCUGCGACAGCAUGAGAGGAAUCCCUCACGGAUUUCGGGAGUUCCUGGAGCCCAUUUGCCAGAGAGGUCUCUGCUAUCUAACCUCCCAGCAGAACCCGAAAGGAGAUUGGACCGUCUUCUUCAAUGAACCAGGAACUGCAUACUUGGACAAGCAGAAAGAGCCACAGAUCGUUACGAUCACCCUGAAGAAACCUCUCAACAGUGGCAUGGGGGUCAGCAUUGUGGCUGCCAAGGGAGCGGGCCAAGACCACCUUGGGAUUUACAUCAAGUCAAUCGUCAAGGGAGGCCCGGCUGAGAUGAAUGGACUGUUGACGGCGGGGGACCAGCUGCUCAGCGUGGACGGUCAAAACUUAAUCGGUCUCAGUCAGGAAAGGGCGGCGGCGAUCAUGAUGCAAACCGGGCCUAUCGUGACCUUAAAAGUGGCCAAGUUUGGCGCCAGCUUCAAUGGCCUCGGUGCUCUGCUAGGCGAUCCCGCCCCUGCUGGGACUGCAGCGGGUGAUAAGAGCCACGUCGCAACAAGCCGGAAGGAAAUUCCUCUGUACGCUCCGGAGGAGCUUGCUCAACCGGAGCAGUCGGGGUUUCGGCACGGCCGCCACGGGGAAAAGAAAGCGCAGAUUAUGCAGAGGAACAGGCAAUUUUAUCGCUCCAACCCCAACAUGGCCGAUUUUGCCCACGAGGAUGAGGAUGGGCUGGCCAACCGAGACACGCGGGGGAACAACUCAGUUUCCAACCUUUGCCCCGAUACAUUUCAUCGAGAAUAUUUGACGCUGCCGACCGGGAAAUAUCAGGACAAGAACACAUCUGCAUCCAGUCGACCGCAGCAAAUGUUUCAGGUGUCUCCGGGGCCUUCGGGAGGACCGGGUGCUGUUCACAAAAUGAGCUUGAUGCGUCAAGCUCUUUCACAGGAGAACUUGUGCGUGGACGCGGGAGGCCCCCUGGUGGACGCAAGUCAGAUUACCUGGCAGGGCCGAGGCGCUAAGCAAAACUACCACUCGCACCUUCCCGUUCGCCCGAGCGUCUCCAACCAAAACCUCCUCGCCGACAACUGCUGUCCGGACAGAGGGCAGCAAGGGAGCCGGGCGGGAGUCUGGAGGACCCCCUUUUCACAACAGACCACGCCGACACCUUCCAUCCAACCCGUCCGCAUCGACAUCCCCGUGACCAGGCCGCUCGCUUCUCACGCCAAUCCUCCACUCACCACCUUCCAACAUCGUUCCCGUCUUGCGGCACUGACGUCCAGUCGAACCCUUCAAGUCAACCGACACUCGGAUCAAAGGAGUCCGAAACCGCCCGUCAACUACGCAUGUCCGAUUCCCGCCGAUCAGAUGCUUUGUCGACCUUCCCGGCUAUCCCGGCAACAUGUGGCAAAACCACAAGUGAGCAUCAGUCCCACGAAGCACGUUUCCUUUCAAGAACCAGCGAGCCAGCGGAAGCACAGCGCUUGUCAGGUGGAGCUUAAAGACCUCCGGGAACCGAACGAGACGCCGAAGCCGAGAGAGGACGACGAACUCCUGGAGCAGGAGUUAAAGGCGCUUCGGGCCAAGGAGGAACUCGGCGCCAAGGAGACGGAGCGACUUGGCAGACUGAGUCUGGAGUGGCAGUUUCAGAAGAGGCUGCGAGAGAUCCAGGAAAGGGGCGAGGACGAGGACGAGGACGAGGACGAUGACGACUUGGACAUGAUGGUGAUGAUACGAGAGCUGGAGAAAAGAGCUCAGAAAACGAAAAGCCCGCCGUUCGGAACAAACGCCGAUUUGAAAGCAGAGACCGAAAGUCUUGCCGUCCCAAAAGAGGAGAAAACAGAUUACAUAUCAAGUGGACGACUACAAGACAACACACCAGAGUGCCGGGAAGACAAAGCGCGGCGGACGUCGGCUCCCGAGAAGCUACCGUUCAAGGAGCGUCAGCGUCUAUUUUCUCUGGCAUCCAGUGCAUAAAUGAAGGCUCAAGUUUUGCAAAACUUGUUUUAAAAAAAAAAAGCCCAUACAAAGUUA